UCUUCCCUUCAGACACCGAAUGGGUCCGUUGAAAUACUGGAGUGGACGUACACGCUGUGUAAUUAAGGGAUUCGACCCGGUUCAUUGAUCGUGAACUAUUUGUAUAAUGAGGCGUGGGUACAUAUAGCCUGACCACCAGUAUAUCAGAUCUGACCAGUGUACAGCACGAAGGGGAAACAGAGAUCCAAAAUGGCGGCCAAUCGAGGACACAGCAGUUACCGUAUCCUAUUGAUCCUGUUGACAUGCCUGGCAUUGGGAGUGACGCUUUUUUUCAACUAUCUGGGGUCAGGUGACGCUGGUAAAUCCCUUGGUAUCUACGAGAGUAACACCGGGGACGUGUCUGAUUACUUCUAUCUGGAGAUAACCCCUGCUGGCUGGACAUUCACGAUAUGGGCGUUCAUCUACGCUUGGCAGAUCAUUUGGCUUAUAUACGGACUUUCUACCAUCUGCCGGAAGUCAGAGAGUGGUAUUUACAUCUACCAACUUCCGGUUAUGCCUCCUGCAAUAUAUAUUGUUUACAUUCUCAAUCUUGGGUUCAACGUUGGCUGGAUGGUACUAUUUGACCGGAAGUACAUAAACAUUUCCCUUCCGGACGCUGCCCUCAUGGCCUUCACCUUGUAUAUAAUACUUGGUAUUUCCUGUCGAGCUGUACGCAACAACAUAAGUAGCUUGGUUAAGGAUGGGGCUGGAAAGGAAGCAUGGUUCAUACGAUUUUUUCUCCAGAAUGGUAUUGCAUUUUAUGCUACCUGGGUCACCGUUGCUACCCAUCUUAACGUCGCCAUGGUGAUGCACUACAGCGGAGGAGUAGCCAAUGACAUAUCUUGUACCACAGCACUCGGACUGUUGAUAUUUUUCGUGAUUUUGUGGUUCCUGACCGAGACCAUCCUCCUAGACGUAUACACCAGAUAUGUGUUCAGUCCCUACAUCGUCCUCGUCAUAGCUCUGUCAGGGUCGCUGGCGAAAAACUUUGACCUUGACCUUCGUUAUCGAAACUCGAUUCUAUCGGUCCUACUUUUAGGCAUGUCUGGAUUUUUCUUGCUUUUAAAAGUUAUCAUCAUCCUUGUCCGUCACAACAGCACACCUCUGUCUCCCACAGUCUACACGCCCACAACUUCAGAAAAGGCGAUCAAGUCGGAAGCGUGAACAUUUUCUCAAAUUUGUCUCAAAAACUUCACUUGAAAAAUAUCUGAAUAAGAUCAUUUGUGAUAUCGUUCAAACAAAGUUUAUAUAGUGGAACACUCCUGACUUAAGGUAACGAGCAUUGUGUAUACAUGUAUGUUUACUUGCUGGUGUUACUCCACGCGUAUCACUUUGUAUAUAAAUAUCUAAUAUAUGUUGCAUGAUAAUAUGUUGUAUGAAUAUAUACAUAAAUAUGUACACCACUACAUGCGUAAUAUCACUGGAAGGGGAAAUCAAUUUGGUCCUCUUAAAACUGAAGUAUGUACCACAAUGAAGCCUGCAUUAAUCCACCUAUCGAGGUUAUAACGGUAUAGCUACCUUAAGUAUCACCCUCACUGAAAUUAUAUUGAUCACUAUAUUAGUCACAUUGUAAUGAAACUAGUCAAAAUGUAUAUGAAUGUAAUUUAACAUAGCAGGCCAAUCUAAUUAACAUUAGACUUGUAAUUCCGACCCUUCACCCCGGAGACAGAUGGAAUUUAUAUAUCUUUUUUUAUUUUAUAGAUUUGGAUAAUUGAAUUUUGUAACAUCAGACACGGGCCGUUUAGUGUACCACACGGUUUCGGCUAUGGUAUACAGUUCUGUUUUAAUAGUGUAACACGUUACACUUUUACAUGGUACAUAUGACUACUCUAAUUUUAUUUAAAGGUGUGCUUUUGGCAUCCUUUUAAUGUUAAAGGAAUUCAAUAACUAACAACACAGAACGGCCACAUCAAACUUUUUCAACCGUUAAGUACAUGUAGUUAAAUGUUUAACAAAAAAAGAAGUCAUAUGUACCGUGUAAAAGUAUAGCACGUCACACAUUUCACUACAAAAGAACAUGAAUGUGUACCAUAGAUCAAAGUGACCAGUAUAUUUAGUAUAAAGGUAUUUAAAAGUGACCGGCCCGUAAGAGCUAUUUUAGAUAGAAACACAUGUAUUGUAUUGUUACCCGGUCAUUUAUUGGGAAAAUUCAUGUGAAGCAAUCACAUUGAUAUCAUCAUGAUUAAAUAACAUGAAGUCUUUCUGUUCUAUUCUUUUUGUAUAUGAUACAUCUUUGUAUAUAUAUAUUCAUAUAUAUUAUAUACUGACGGGCCAAUAGCCGGAACGUUUUAUAUAAACGAUUAAUUAAAUGAUCUAAUAACA